ACGAGCAAAAUUUUGUGAUGAUGGCGAGUGACAGCCGUUAUUGCGCGAUCCUCUGCGAAUACUGCGCCUAGUUUCUUUACGAGCUGAUUCACUGUCUUGCCGACCAGUUGAAAGAUCUACGGGGCGUGCGCCAGUGUUUUUCCUCCGAGUUCAUGACGCCAAUCACCAGGUACGCUGAAAAGAUGAGACGUCGAGCGUAACGCUGGGUCGGCUGUGUUGGCUCGCUCGUAGAUUAGUGGAUCAGUGCUGCGCGUGCCGAGCGGCGUCGGAGCAGCGAUGUGGGCCCUACUGAGUCGCGUCGCGGCCUUCCUGUUCAUGCAAAUAAGGCCGACGGUCAAGUGGAUCCUCCGUAGUCUAACGCGCUUGUGCGAGUUGCAGCGCAUUUGCUACGGAACCGAACGGGGAUGCAAGCGCACCCGCCAGCUCGAGUGGAGCUUGCAGAUGUCGCGCACCCCGGCCGUGCGGACCAUCUACGAGCGGCUCAUGCAACUCGCCGACGAAGGCCGCUUCACCAAGGAGCUGUGCGUGAACGCGGUCGAGUACGCCGUCAUCGGCGUCGCCUACGUCAAGAAGAUCAACACGCAGGUGCACCGAGAGUUCGUGCGCUCCUUCCGGACCAGCAUGCUGCAGAUGUGCGGCUACCGGCAGCUCGUGCACGAGGUGGAGCUGCUGCGCAAGACCCAGUUCGUGGCGCAGGAUCCCGAGCACCUGAGCAAGCUGCUUCGGCUGUGGAAGCUGCUGCGACCGGACGAGCACCUGCGCGGCCCGGUGUCCAAGCAGUGGACCGAGGUGGGCUUCCAGGGCGAGGACCCGCGCACCGACUUCCGCGGCAUGGGCAUGCUGGGCCUGGAGAACCUGGUCUUCUUCGCCGCCGAGUACACCGAGGUGGCUCGCCACGUCCUCUCGCACUCGCUGCACCCGCAGUACGGUUACUCGUUCGCCAUCGUGGGCAUCAACCUGACCAGCCUGCUGUACCACCUACUCGUCAAGGGCAAGCUCAAGUCGCACGUGUACAACGCGGUCGCCGAGCGUCCGCACGUGGACGACUUCCACCGGGCGUACUGCUUCGUCUUCUUCGAGUUCGACAAGUUCUGGCUGGCCGAGAAGCCUGCCGACAUCAUGGAGUUCAACCGCAUCCGGGACAAGUUCGAGGACCGGCUGGUGCAGAUGCUCGACAAGGACGACUGCCUCUUCAAGCUCAGCUUGGCGGUCAAGAAGGUCUGAGUGGCCGACCACCGGUGUCGUCGUGGUCGUCAGAUAGGCAUAUCCGGUGGUGCUUGUUUGCCAGCCUGGCUCAUCACAGGCAGUCACUUGGCUGUCACUUGCCAGGGUUGUUACAUAAACCAGCUCACAGUGCUGACGUUGCUGUGUGGGGUGGUCAAAUUAUUGCCGGAUGACACGCACAGUCCAGGCAAUGCCCGGUGUGAGAAGAAAAAAAGGUUGAAAGUUCCGUACCCACCACGCACAUACAUAAACUGCCCUUGUGCCAUAGCUUGGAGUUACCUGUGAUCGCAAUCGUGUCUUGAUAAUCACAAGUUCAUUUCCUCAUGCCUGGCAUACUCUCAUCCUUUUAAAGGGAAGGUGCUCCUCGGUGCGCAUAUUUUAUUAUGUGUGGACAAACAUUUUACAUCUGUGAUUUUUACGUGUAUGUUUCUCAAAUAUUAGAUGACCACCAGUGGUGUGUUUAUUUUUGUGUUGUUUUCCAAAAUGUUUGCAAUGCAUCUGGGAAGUGUUUUGAAAGCUUUGGGUUGUUUGGUUAGUCCCAGUUUGCAAAGCGAGGAUGAGUGUGUUUAAUUUAUAGACAACGAUUAAGUGCAAAACUUUUGGUGGUUUGGUCUUCUUUCCUCUAGGUUUGCAUUAUUUUGUGUGUUCAAUUAUUUAACGUCCUGAAUGACUGUAUUGCUCUGGGAAGGCGAGAUCAAAACUCAAAAGCUGCUUCCUUUGAUCGGAGUGUACGAGACAGCUUCCGCAAACCUGCACAGAAGCAGUCAGACCGUUCAUGUUGUUCCAGUAUUAAAGCGAUUCUCCUUAGCUGCAGCUCGCAUUUUAAUUUGCAUAUGAUCCCUCUCUGGACAUUCUCCUGUUCAGAGCUGAGCAUUUUAAUUGCAGCGUUAGGUCUUCAUUCAAUUGCAUCAUUGGUAUGAGUCUUCACCAAUCCUUAUUUAGUUAUCCCUGCUCUCUAGGAUGCUCCUUCAGUUGACACUUGCCUCUUAAAAGGGGUUUGCUGUGUUCACCCAAUGACGAAAAUAGGCGAUGCACUUUAUACUCUGUUUCAUGCGUGGGGUGCAGUGCUGUGGGGACUGACGAGACUUAGCGGGGGGCAGUGCAAAAAGAUGAGCAUGACACAGUACACUGGACGAGAGUUCUUGUAGCAGCUGCGUUCACAACAAAAUACAGUUUGGCGUUUUUGCCUGCGAGCAUACGAGAUAGUUUUUUAUUUCAGCUGAGUAAUAAGGGAAGACUGGCUGCCGCCUUUGAAAGAAACCUGCCACAUUGCGCAAUUGUCAGUACAUUAUUUCUCUAAGAUUUCAAGUCUUGUUGUUCGUUUUUGGGUUUUUCACCCACAGCUUGUCGCAAUGUCUCGUGCACAGUCCUGCACAAGUACUCACAACCACGAAACAUGCAACGUUGUAGAUUUUGCUUACUCAACUUCUUGCGUAGCUUCUAUAGCAUUACAGACUGCAUAUGGAACACAAAAUAUUGUCAUUGCAUGACUGUUCCAUAAUGAAAAUUUGGGUACCGUGGACGUGUAGUAUGAGUCUGUUAAAGUGCACUGGAGUGUAGGGGUAUUUUGCAAGCACCUUCUUUUUGUAAGGAUCUCCGAGAGGAAUUAUUGAAACAAAGUGUUUACUGUUAAGGAGUGGCAUUGUUUUCCACACGGUGGUUUCGAGGAAACAUUGUGCAUAUAAGGCUUGGAGUCCAACUGUUUGCAUUUAAAGGAGCACAGACACAGUUCUGCAGUUGUGGAUACAAUUGUCUCACAUACAUGGAUGAUGCUUUACAAGCAUAAGGCAGGUGAAAUGGCAGAUGCCUUAGUGUGAAAGUACUGUGAGUUACCAAAGGCCAAAUGUAGCAUUGCUGACAUUGUUGUGAUGUUAUGAAGCCAGGCAAAAUUUGUUAUUGUCACAUAGCAUGGAGUCCUGACACAAUGUCCUGGCAAGCAAUUAUAGGAACAAAGCAGGCAAGUGUAUCACAAUGUGCCAUGGUGCAUCCACAUUCUAGAUAUCAAAACGGAAACAGGCUUUAUAGAUAAUUAUUUAGCACACCAUUACAUUCUCAUUACAUUUUCCAGUGUGUGUUUGCAAUGCUUAAAUACUUUGAUGCAAUAAGAUGUGAAGACGACAAUGAUAUGUUAGUAUUCCAUUAGAACAGCAUUUCACCUCGCGAAGACCUCGCAUGAUGGUAAUACUGCUGCUAGAUACGACCACACUAGGUUCAGCACAGGUUGAACAGCUGUUAAAAAGAACUUCCUCCAUGAGAGAUCUGUUAUGCGUCCCUAUGGAGUAGGCGUGCAGUUCACCAUUUGUGCAUGUCUUUGUGGAAUUUAUCACGGCCUGUUUGAAGGCACACUCUUAGUUGCGUGCACCAGACAGAUAUGAGUACAACAUCAGCAUUAGUGAAGUAAGAUAACAUACGACAUCUAAGAACAGUCAUUGCAUGCUUCUGUCGACACUGUGGUGCUGCGUUCUCACUGGAAAUGGCUCUUGGAACUCAAUCAAAUGAAACAUAGCUUUACUAUGGUGGGAUGUUAGUAUCUACAGUGCUCAGCAAUUCAGACAUGAUAGAUAGUUAAACUGCGAGUAGUGCAGCAAUUUUUGUCAUCGGAGAGCACUCGGUGAUUGUGGGGGGGAGUGUUGUUAAGUGGAGUCAGAGUGUGUAGAAAAAGCUCCCACUUUCAUGGCAUAUCACAACACACCAGCUCAGUGUCCCCAGUGCCCACUUGCGUUUCAAAAGGUGCUGCCAGUCACAUGCUCCAAGUGUCCUAUUUUAAUCGCUUAGCAUGGUGCAUUGUCCCCUCAUUUCAACCUAAUGUAAGCGUGCAGUUAUGCAAAAGUGGUGCGCCAUUUGAUGUGGCACGUUCACAUUUGCUGCAGUGGGUCUCACUUUAGAAAUUGCAGUGAGCAUUAUUGUGGCAAGUUUCUACGCAGUAGCCUCUAUAAGACUGCAAGAGAUUGGUUAUGGGCAUGCUGCUGACUAUGAUGUUGCUGAUUCAAUUCUUGGGUGUGAUGGUUGCUGUGUUUCGAUGGGGGCAGAACACAAAAACACUCAUAUAAUUGCGUUAAGGUCACGUUAAUAUAUCCAAGUGGGCCAAAUAAGCUGGAUUACUUUAGCUGCAACAUCCUUCAUAGCCUGUUGUGUGUUGCUUUAAUAUAUUAAGCUCCAGAAGAUUUUAUGUAGGCUUUUCAAAUUUUUAAUAAUCGGUAGGCAUAGGUGUUGAUAGGUACAGGGCAUAUCACACUUCACUGGAGGGGUUUGCUCCAAGUUUCAUUGGCUAUGUUUGCAGGAGGGUGCCUGUCAGUUCAAGAUAGGACUGCAUUUUGAUUAUGUGGUACAGCUAGAAUCGUGAACACAGCUCUUUUUUUGAGAAAUACUAGGAAUAGCAGGGACUGUGUCUUGCCAUUGCUAGACCAUAAGUAGUGACACAUGACUGGAGUGAUUUGAGAUCUGCACUGGAAGUUGCUGAAUCAAGGGAGGGUUCUCGAAAUGUGCUGCGAGAUGUUAUUUGUACCUCCAAGUGGAGAGGGAAUGUGAAUGCGAUAGGGCUUAUAAAUACAGUUUUGUUAGGCGCCCUUAAAUUAUGUUCCACUUCUGAUGAGUUCUCGGAUAAUAGAUCAGUGAGAUCUGUGAAGUCCAUUGAGAAAGGCCCAACUGCAUCAAAAAAUACUUUAAAAUUUUGCUGACGUUUUGUUGUGCUUGAUUGGAAGUUCAGAUUGUGAUAAGGCUGUCCAUCACAGGGCAGAGUCAUUUAACUAACACACAAAGAUCUGGUGACAAUAUCCUCGAAAAUUUGUUUUGCUUUGCUUUUAUCAGUUUCUUUUGUGAACCUUUCAUUUACCCCUAAUAGUGCAGACUAAUGACAUACAAGCUUGUACACACUGAUUUUGCGCGUUUUUUUUUUUUCUGUUGUGCAUGUUUCAGUACAGCUGUGUUUAUAUCUGGGUGAACUUGCAGCACAGAUUUAUAUUUCAGUUUCACGUAUUGCUGCGUAAGGGAUGUGUUGUGUAGGUAUGGGAAGGUGUUGCACAAUCUAUUAAAAAGAUUUUGUCUUCCUCAAAAAGGCACAGGCAAGACGACAGAUGUAGAAAGUAUUACGUUGCCUUAGUGCUCAAAUACUGUCUCCAUCUGUCACCAGAA